AUGUAAAUUAUUGAGGUUUUAAAAUAAAAACCUUCCAAAAAUCAAAAACAAAUCAUUCUUAACUAUUAGAACAUUAGGGAGAUAGGUUAUCAUAAUUCUUUCAACUUUAUUACAACUUUGUGUUUAUCUCAUAAUUGUAUUUAGCAUUUAGACGGAAUUGAUUAAUUUGUUCAGUUAACAACGCUCUCCCUACAUCACAAUCUUAUACAAAGUGUUAAUGAGCUCAACAAAAUUAAGCAACCACAUCUACUUAAAUUACUCAACAUUCAUCAUAAUCCAUUUACUGUUAAUCCAACCUAUUCAACUGUUAUUUUGUAAAAGUUUUGUUAUUUGGAACAACUUGACAACCAAAAAUUAAAUAAGCAAUAUUAUUAAUAAUAUUUUCAUUGGAUUAAAUGUAUAGGAUAAUUACUUAUUCCUUUUUUAAAUGAAAAUUGUGUAUCAGAACAAUUAGUUAGUUAAUUACAUAUUGAAUUAAAAAAAUACGAAAUUUGCAUUUUCAAAAUUAACUCUAUCAUAUAUACUCAUCUAAUAAAUUAUCAUUAUUCAAAUGAUCAUAAUUACUAAUCUCUUUAUUAAUCUGGAGAGUUAAUAUUUUCAAAACUAUUAAAUAUUUUAAUUGAUAACCAAAAAAAUAAUGAUCUCUAAAUGUGUUUGAUUAAUUAAGCUUUAUAAGAUCAGGAGAUAGAUUUAUUUGAAUUUUAAUCAAAUAACGAAUAUAAAUAAAAAUGUUUAUAUUUGAAUUUUUUACAAUUAAAUGACAUUAGUUUCAAGGAAUAAUAAUUUUGUUUUCCUUAUUUCCCUUUAAGCUUUGAUUAUGUUAAAUCAAUCGUAGAAAUAAUUAAAUUAUAAUAUAAAAGGUAAAAUAAAUAUGUAAAUACAAAAUUCCAAUAGACAUCAAUGUAAUCCUAUCGCUAAAAUAGUGUAAGCAAUCAAGAAAAUAAUUUAUAGUCUAUCACAAAAACUAAAUCAAGCUAAUCAAUUGGAAAGAUAAAAAAUAAUACAAAUAAAUCCAUUUUGACUUCUUUAAGUUAGCUAAGUUAUAGAAUUAAUUUGAACUCUCUUUCAAUAUUUAUUAGAUUGUUAAAUAAUUUCACAAAUAAGCAGAAAAUGCGUCAAAAAUAAUCAGUAUUUGAAAUAAUUAGAAAAAGCAACAGAAUUCAUAAUAUUUUUGAUAAUAUUAUGAAGAAUAGAUAAUUAAUCUUUAUGAAAUUAGGUUUUUAAAAACUGAAAUAAAUAGUAGGCAUAUAUAUUCUAACUAAAAUUACAUCUUCUAUUCUCUAUGAUAUAUAGGAUCAAACAUUUUCUAUAAUUGUUAGACUAAGAAAUUUAUAUGAAACAAAAUAGCUUGAAAAAAGCCUUUAACACUUUUCAAUUUAAAGGAAAAGAUUAUUCUUCUCAAUGUUGUUAUUUAAUUAAUAAUUAAUGGUUAAAUAAAAAUCAUCAUUAGAUAAUUUAAUAAAAAAAUAGAGAAAAGAGCCAUUAAGAGAGCAUUUUUAAAGGUGGAAAAUUUAUACAAUAAGUGAAUAAUUUUAUGAUUAAAUCUUUCAAUAAAAAAGUAAUGAAAUAAAAUCUUUAGCUUCAAUUUCUACUAAAGAUCAUAAUUACAUAAAGAACCCCAAUAAAUCAAUUUAAAUUUAAGAGAGUAAAUCUACGAUUUAAUAAGGAGAAGUUAAAGAAUGUAAAAGAAAUUCAGCCACAUCAAUAAAUUAGCAUUUACCUAAUAAUGGUACUAAUAUCUAUUGUGAAUAUGUUGUCAUAAAUAAAUUGAAGAAAAAAAAAAAAAAAAAGUCCAAAAAAUCUAAAUCCGAAAAAGAAAAAAAAAUUAAAUAAAGCAAGAAAAAAUGUGGUAUUUGUCGAGAUUAUUUAGACGAAAACGGUAAUAUCAUAGAAAAGAGAGAUAAAUGA